UCUGAACCCAUCCUCGUACCUCUUCACCAGAAACGACCGCCAAGAUGCCUUCCUCUCCGCCCGUAUUCUCGACGCCUCUCACGAAGCUGUUCAACAUCACCCACCCCGUCAUGCUUGCAGGCAUGAAUGUGGCGGCCGGACCAAGGCUAGCAGCAGCUGUCACCAAUGCAGGUGGCAUUGGAGUUAUUGGCGGCCUGCGCCAGAGCCCCAAGAUGCUCCAGGACAGCAUCAAUGAAAUCAAGAGUCACCUCGAGGACAAGACUGCACCCUUCGGCGUCGACCUGCUCAUCCCUCAAGUAGGAGGGAACGCCAGGAAGACCAACUAUGACUACUCGAAGGGACAGCUUCCGGCACUCACAGAAGUCAUGAUCAAGAACGGCGUGAAGCUCUUCGUGUGUGCGGUUGGAGUUCCUCCCAAAGACAUGGUCGACAAGUUGCACUCUGCUGGCAUCGUGGUCAUGAACAUGGUCGGGCACCCGAAGCACGUCGCCAAAGCGCUUGCCCAAGGUGUCGAUGUCAUCUGUGCGCAAGGCGGAGAGGGAGGUGGUCACACUGGUGAUACCCCGUUCUCCAUCCUCAUCCCCGCGGUCGUCGACAUCUGCAAGAACGCAAAGAGCCCACUCACCGGAGAACCCAUCAUCGUCGUCGCUGCAGGCGGGAUUGCCGACGGACGCGGUCUCGCAGCCGCUCUCUCAUACGGCGCCGCGGGUGUCUGGGUCGGUACCCGCUUCGUGGCCAGCGAGGAGGCCGGCGCGCCGAAGGUGCACAAGGACCUCGUCCUGAGUGCCGGGUACGACGACGUCACGCGCACAAUCAUCUACUCCGGACGGCCUAUGCACGUCCGCAAGACGCCUUAUGUUGCGAGCUGGGACGGCAAAGAGCAGAAGGUUGCAGAGCUCACGUCGCAGGGCAAGAUUCCGCACCAGGUUGAUUUGGAGGAACACCCGGAGAAGUCGAUGGAGAGCCGCAUGUGGCUUAUGGGCAAAGUGGCUGGCUCUAUCAAGGACAUACGACCUGCGAAAGAUAUUGUGGACGAGCUGGUCAACACUGCCGCAGCAAGUAUUCAGAACGCCUCGAACUACAUGGCUGUCAAGUCCAAGCUAUGAUUAUUGGAUUUAGCACGCGCUUCAACGCCGCACAUACCUCAUCACGUAGGGACUAUUCCCUUGAAUUUGCAUGCAUUAUCUAGCACAGGUGUACAACAACAGAAUAUAGCCUCAGUCAUCACCCAUCAGCUCCGCGAGCUCGCGUUCUUCGUCCGCAGUCAUUCCAGCAUCCUCAGGCGUAUCUGCUGGAGGUUCCUCCUUAGGCUUCUCCACCUCCUUCGGUGGCGGAGGCGGCGGCUGCAGAAGCUCAUUCAGCCUCCACCGCCUAAUCGUCCCGUCCAGACUCGCGCUCACGACCCACGGCUCGACGCGCACCUUCCCCGGCUCGCCCUCGACCUUGCUCCGGCGCAUCCACAGCCGCAGCGCGGUCACGUCGUGCCAGUGCCCGUCCGUCUCCGCGAGCAGCUCCGGCUCGUCCGGCGCGGACACGUCGUACGCGCGGAUCACGUCGCCCGCGCCCGUGAGCAGGUACGGCUCCGCGAGCGGCGUGAGCUGCAGCGGGAGCAGCGCCUUCACGGCCGUCGGGUGCUGGAUGGGCGGCGGUAGUUUCGCGGGGAGGGCGUCGGCGCCGGGUGUUGGGACGGGGGCGGGGACGGGUAAGGACGCGGUGCGCGGGAUGAGCUGGACCGUUUCGUCUGCGGAGGCUGUCCAGAGUUGCGAAGUCCCGAGCGCGAUGUCGUUCACCCGCGUCCGGUGGUGCGUGAGCUCCUCGAGGAGGGUGCUCUGCCAUCGUGGAGGUACCUCGUUGUCUUUUGUGAGGUCCCACACUUUGAUCACGCCCAUUGUGUCUGCCGUGUAGAGCACCGCGGACGUGUCUGAUGUCGCGCGCGCAUCGAGGGACUCGACGGGGCGCGAGUGCUCAGCUAGCGAGCCCACAGAGCGGAGUGGCUGUCCGUCUGCGACUGUAGAGAGGUCCCAAAACCGGAUGAUUUUGUCGGACCCGCUCGAGAUGAGGAGACGGAUGGAGGGUAUCACCAGCAGCGCUUUCACGAAGUCUGCAUGGCCGGGUGUGGAAGAGAUGAGCUCCUUCGUCUCUGCAUUCCAGACUUUGAUCGUCCUAUCCCAUGAGCCUGUCACGAGGAGGUCCGCUUUGCCCGACCCUGCAUCGCGGUCCACAAACGCAAGCGAGGUCACAGGCGCAGUAUGUCCCUUAAACAGUUGCAACGUCUUCCCGGUCUCGAGAGAGAGCUUGCGAAUGACGGUCGUGUUUUCCGCAAUCCACGCGAAGUUUCCGCGGACCUCUAUCGCCAAGGCCUUGCCGGUAAUCGCGAUAGGCGACCCGACGUCCUUUGUGCGCCCCGCCUUGUCCUUGCGGGCCUUCUCGAGCAAGAGCUCUGCCUCGGAUCGGAUGAGAUUGGAGGUGUCUGCGGUCUGCAUGGCUGCGCUGUUGUGCAAUCGCG